CAUUAAUAUUGCUCAACCAUGUCUCUUUUUGGUCGACGCUCACGGUAGUGCCAUCAUGCUUAUGUGAGCCUCCCUCUGCCUGCGCUUCAGCGUUCAUUCGGUUUGCGGAGCAAAGAAGCUCUGGAGGGCCACACCUGAACGCGCCCUUUUGUUGGACCUCCCCUUUCUGGAGAAUAAGCAGCGAUGGCGUCCCAGUCGUUUGUCGCCGCCUUGGGACAUCCAAUUGAAGAUGCUGGCGAAGAAACUUUCCUCCUGUUCAGCCGAGACAUCCCGAGCAACAACCUGGGCUUUGUUGACCCCAAGGCCGAUUCUUUAGAGAUUGAAAUCGCUGGCCAUGACUACAUUCUGCGGCAAUCCCCAGGCCUUCUCCACUCCAAUAGACAGGAAGGAACCACAGGGGCGGUGAUCUGGAAGAUUACUCCACUCCUGGCGGCAUGGUUGACGUCUUUGCCUUCAAUACUGAGUGGCGCUCUAUAUGACACUGCGGUGGUGGUCGAGCUUGGUUGUGGCGUUACCGGCUUGCUAGGCUUGGUCCUGUCGAGGUUUGUGCAGUGCUAUGUCCUCACGGAUCAAGCCUACGUGGUGAAAUACCUGAGGGAGAACAUAGCCGCCAACGCGACAUCUCCGAAAGGGAAGAAGAGCUACAAGAAGAAAUCCAACGACAAAGGGGUGGCUCAGGAAGAACGCCUCAAGGUCUUACCCCUCGAUUGGGAGGCGGACAGCGUUGAAAAUCUCAAGUCAGCCAUCCCCGCUGGCGCUCUGAUCGACCUGCUUGUGCUCUGCGACUGUGUUUAUAAUGAGUAUCUCAUCUCUCCGUUGGUGCAGACUUGUGUGGAUGCGUGCCGUCUGGGAUCAACGGCAACAAAGCCGACUGUCGUUUUGGUGGCUCAACAACUUCGCUCUGACACAGUCUGCGAAUUGUUUUUGGACGCCUUAAUGAAGGAAUUCAACGUAUGGCGUGUCCCGGACCAAGAGCUUUCAUCCCAGCUACGGUCUGGCUCCGGCUAUGUGGUCCAUCUAGCCACCCUGAAGGAUGAGGUCAGGAAGGUAGAAUAGAACAAGAUUGAAUCCUGCCGUGCUGAACCCUACAAAUUCUCCGACAUGUGCACCAUAGACCU